AUGAAUCUGGAUCUUCCCACCGUCGCGGAACUCAAACAAGCCGCCGAGUCCGGGCAGCGGAUUACCGCGCAAGAUGUUUCGGCAAUCUCGCAGGUCGAGAACCGAUUAACUGGACGCGGGCCGGUCCGUGGUGGACCAGCUGGACUAGCGACGGCCCAGAGUAUCGCGAUGAAGCAGAUGAACUUUGAUAGUACGAUCGAGGAAGUAUCACGAAAACCCCAAAGUCUUAUUACCCAGGAUGAUGCGCGGGUUGUUCAAUCCACAGAGGGCCGCGCCUUCAACAAACCACCUGGCAUCGGAUCCGUCUCCGCCCAAGUUCGUUCCAUCGCUAAUCGCAACGACUACUAUAAUGUGCCGGCUGUUCCAACCGAUGUACCGGCGUAUAUAACCAAGGAUGAUGCUCGGCAGGCCCAGCGAGUGGAGAGUAUGUAUUAUGGAGGGCAGAUUCCCAGCUACAGUACAGCUGCAAAUAUGCAGGUCAGUGGACGAUGGGACCAGAGUGAUGGUCGACGAGGAUCGUAUUACUGA